AUGGCAAACGGAAGCAUCAACCCUGAGAUCUUCCACGCAAAGGUGUAUGAGAUCUGUAGGCUGAUCCCCUAUGGCCGAGUGACGACGUACGACUCGCGGCUGGUCGGGAGCGCGCUCAAGUUUCUCGGCGAUCCAUCGGUGCCAUGGCAGAGGGUAAUCGCAUCGUCCGGUGCGAUCUCCGAUCGCGGUGAUGGCGGAGAGGCCGCGGCGAGACAGGCCCAGCGACUGCGUCAGGAGGGCGUCGCGGUAUCAGAGGGACGCGGAGGCGGCGUAUCCACCCACCUCGCCGGCCACGCCAACCCCAAUGCCAAGUGGCGAGUCAGUCUCGCCGAAUUCGGAUGGUUCCCGGAUCAGGUCCACCUCGAAGGCUUCGACGACGACGACGACGACGACGAGGCGUCACGGGCCCGCAACGGCGACGACGAUGAGUCGGAUCUAUCGUCCCUCUCUGAGCUCGAAGACUAG